AUGAAUCAGCUAGUACCGCAAACAAACAGAAUGUUUAGGUGUCAGUUCUGACCUGAAGCUAGCUGCAGAAAUGCUGGGUUAUUUUAGUAUGUCUGAUUGCUAAUUCUGCAGCAACCUGGUUUGUCUCGUGACUAGGUGAUAUAAUGAGUGAUAGUAGAAAGAAGCGAUAUGGUGCGGGCGGCAAAAGUCGGUCAGACGCCAGUGAAAACUCUCACCGACAGCACUCUGGAUCAAAUUCUGCAAACCACGGACGACGGAAUAAUAAUCAUAGUGGCAUGAACUUCCAGAGACUCAACAGUUAUGACAGGGUGCGUAAGAUUGUCCAGGAGGAAGGAAGGGCAGCCAGAAACCUUAUCACAUGGAAUGUUCCUGUGGUUCAGCAAGAGAGAACAGGACGUUCCAAAAUCAGACAGAGCAGAAAACCGCUUGCGCAAAGACAUAGCCCAACAGCUGCAACAAAGUAUAAGGAGAAAUCCUCUGAUGAGGAGUAUCAGCUGAAGAGUCCCCCUGAGACCCCUAAAUCCCCAAAAUGUGACGGCCAAAAGACGAAAGUGGAUCUGAGGGCAAGAUAUUGGGCAUUCCUCUUUGACAACUUGAAGAGAGCUGUGGAUGCUAUUUAUCAGACCUGUGAGGAAGACGAGAGUGAUGUGGAAUGUAAGGAAGUUAUAAUGAUGCUGGACCAGAGUACCAAAGAUUUCCGCUCAUUGAUUGAAAGGCUACACAUAAUGAGGGCUUACGAAGAUGCUACCCGUGGCGGAGACAGACCAACAUCCAUUGCCUGGGAAGUGAGGAAAAUGUCUCCAGGGAAGAACACCUCUCAUUCCCCAAUGCAGGAGCGGUCAUCUCCCAGCCCAGCUAAGCGCAAUCUCAACUUCGGAUCUCCACCUCAACAGCAGGAACCCUCAAAACAAGGCAAUAGCUGGGCUGACAGAGUGAAAGGGACUUGCAGUGGACCUUCAGGAAGCCCAGUGCCAAAUCAUAAAGAAUUGGAGUUAACGAUUGAUAUUCAAGACGAUGGUGUUGACCUACUUACAGAAGAGGAAGAUGGGUGGGAAACUGUGCAGAGAGGAGGAAAAAGUCGCACCAAACCACCAGUCACCAGGAAACCAUGUGAUAACAAAACUGAUAACAUUAAGUCACAAAAGAACAAAAACGGUAAGCAAAUGUCUGGAAAGCCAGAGUCAAACCAUACAGAGCUCUCCAGAGAUAAACCAGACAUCCAGCAGCCCGACCUGUCAUCUAAUUCACACUCUUCUCUAAAGCGGACUAGUAGUAAAGACAGUGAGAAGGAAAACAGACCGUUGGAGGUAUUCGAGGAUAAAACGAACAAUAAUGAAGAAUAUUCUUCUGGGCAAAACAUCAACAUCAUGAACAGUGUUGCGAGCAAAAUCCAAAAUUCUGUGAUAACAUCUGAUCCAGUGCCAAAUGAAAAGACCGAGAAGACAGGUGAUAUUGAUGGUGAGCAGAAAUGCCCGGGGAGAGACAUAGAGCAGGGAAUAUCCAGGCACAGUACAGCUGUACUGUGCGCCAAUGCUUGUGCUGAGAACAAUGUGGCUGAUCAUUAUAAUAGCCUGAUCAACCAUGACUAUGACAAGGAAGAUGAUGAUGACAUGGAUGACCGGCUUACACAGCAUGCUCAACACCUUGACAAGGCCUUGGCUUCUGCAGAAGAUGAGGAAGACAGCCUGACGGAGAGGCUAGAGGAGGAGCAAGAGAAGGCAAUCCAGACAGCCAUCAGACAAGAGGAGACCUGGCUGGAGGAGCUGGCCAGGGAGGAGAGCAAGGAGAUAGAGGUGGAGGCCGAGUCAGAGAGUGACCUAGGAGUCAGCCAGACCACCAUCAGUUCACUGGACACCUCUACACCAAGUGUGGACUGGGAUACAUUAGUGGCUAAUUUUGAUGCUGAUGAGGAGAAGCUACACGACACUUCCUGGGGCGACAUUGUGGAGCGAGAAGAGGCAGAGUCUGGAAGAACACCCGGGCAUGGAGUCCACAUGCAUGAGAAACUCUCCUCUCCCUCUAGGAAAAGGUCACUGACAGAAUCCAGAAAACGCCAUGAAGCUAAACAAGCUAAGGCUCAGGAACUCAGAGAGAAACUGCUCACAGAAAAAGCUGAAAGACUCCGAGAUUUAUCGAAAAAGGUGGAAGAGGUGCGAGCUUGGAAAGAUGAAUUGUUGCGUCAGCGGAAACAGACGAUCGAAAUGAAAAUGCUGAGAGCUGAGGAAAAACGACAGUCACAGCUGAAACUGAAAGCACAGAAAGCUCACGAAGAGGAGGCUAAGGCUAAUGAAAUAGCUUUCAUCAACACUCUGGAGGCACAGAACAAACGCCAUGACAUUAUGUCCAAGCACCAGGAAUCUGAGGCCCGCCUACAGGAUAUCCAGGAGGAAAGAAUGAGGAGAAUGGAGGAGAAACAGGCCAAGGAAGCCGCAGUAGAGGAGAGACGAAAAGCCCUGGAAGCUGAAAGGACUGCCAGACUAAUGGAGAUGCAGGAGAGAAGGAAGUUACGAAAUGCCCGUGUGGAGCAACAACAACAAGAGCGGGAAAAGGAGAGACAAGAAGCUUUCAGGAACAAAGAGAGAGAGAAGCAAGAACGCCUGGCUGCUUUGAGUGCACAGCAACAGGCACAUAUUGAGGAGCUGCAGAAAAAAAUACAGCAGAAGCAAGAUGAAACUCAUCGUCGUCACAUUGAAAUGCUGGAAGGGAUUCAGAAGAAAGCGUUUGAGAUGAGCGUCCUUAGGCAUUCUACUGAAGAUCACAAUGAUGCUCCAAGACUCAUACCUUAUGACCAGAAAAAACUCUGUACAGUCUGUAAUGUAUUGAUAACCUCUGAGGUUUACCUGCUGAGUCACUUGAGAGGCAAGAAACACAGACAGGUGUUGGAAGAGAGCAACUUGGGCCAGACACCUUCCAGGCAGGAAAUAGAAAUGUUCAAUCUGAAGAACAUUGUUGAUGCUCCGGACAACAGCAACCAUCCUAAACUUGUUGGAGAAAAGGAGAGACAGAAGGCGUUGAAGAAACGAUGCAAGAAACUGAGGCAAAGAAUGAGUUCACGUGGGCAGGAGUAUGAAAGCUCUCUGUCUGGGAAACAGUCACCUGUGGAGUCCCAGCACAAAGCUAAACUGCAGAAACUGGUAAAGGAUGUGAAUAAGUACUUGCAGUGUCCAGAUACUGGACCAUGGCCUCAGAACAGAGUUACUGCCCUUGAUAGGGCUCUGGGUGAAAUCAUCCGCAUACUGGACAAGAAGGUUCAGGGAGACCAGAUAACGUUCUGUCGUCUGGGUGGCCUCACCUCUCUGUGUCGUUUAUUAAUGCUGCUGAACAGAAGCAAUGCUUCACUUCCACCUGUUAUUCCCCCGAAGUCUUUAGUGUUGGUGUGCAAUGCUUUCAAAUUCAGCUGUAAAGGUUGCUAUGACAACUGUCAUUACAUGCUCUUCAGCAAUAAAGUUGGGACUUUGGUUGAUCUUCUCAUCCAUCAGUUAUCAGUGAUGUUACCGGAGAAUGUGACAAUGAGCACAGCCUGCGGAGAGGAGGGGUCAUCCCGCCUGUCCACCAAACUUCCCUAUGAUCCCGUGGUCAGUAACCUGAUGUUUGCCCUGUCCACCAUUCUCUCCUGUCUGGCUAAGAACAACCCCACCUUCAACUGUAGCGAGGCUGCUGCGGAGAGGACCAGUAACAGCGGAGACGCCUUCAUGAGCCGGGGCAAUGACGUCAUAAGUUACGUAAUCAGCGUGGGAAUUGUUGACAAGCUGACACAGUAUUUGAACAGUGUUCACGGACCCAUUGACGAAGAGAGAGACAUUGCGGAGUUCCUACAACAUAGCCUAGGCUUACUAGUAGCUAUCACCAAGUUCACAUCAAAAAGGAACAGCAGCCCAUUUGACCAGAAGAAAGAGGACCCCACCCAGCUUAUCAACACGUUUGAGGUGACAGACUUGGUGGGGAUUGUGUCCCUGCUGUACGGAAUGUUGCUCCAUUCCGGGGCGCCAGCCAGGGGUGAGGCCGCACCCCCUGAUCUACCUCAGCACACCAUUGCCGUCACAACCAUAGGCAUCAGAAUGUUAAACCACAUGGCCAUGUUAGAUCUACCUAUGUUACAGAAAACUCUUGGAGCGGAAGGUUUGUCUCUGGAGUUCCGUCACAUCGCCAGUUACCUCAUCUGGUUUUGUUCGGAGAAGUCUUCCGAAGAACUCCUUCAUGAGGUCAUUCUCUGUGUCGGUUAUUUCACCGCACUUCACCCAGACAACCAGGUGAUUAUCCAGUCAGGGCAACCUCCCACAGUAUUACAGCAGAUGUGUGCCCUGCCCUUCCAGUAUUUCAGUGACCCCCGCCUCACGGCCAUUCUCUUCCCUACCCUCAUCUCCUGCUGCUUCAACAACCAGCAGAACCGAGAAAUCCUAGAGCAGGAACUCAGUUGUUCUCUGCUGUCUAACUUUAUUGAGGAGAAACAGUUGGAACUUCAACAGGCCAGGCUGCUGCCAUCCACUGCAAGGAAAGAGAAGGAGAAAGGCCGUGAUAUGGGGGAGCAGAGAAUGCUGCUGUCUACUAGAUUCCCCAUGGACCAGUGGAAUGCUGCUCAAGCCUACUUCAAUGCACAGGACACACCACCAUAAGUUGUAGACAUGUGACAAACUUAAUGCAUGGCUCCUGUGACACAUACUUGCCUUGGGCAUGGGAGCAUCAUUCCUAUGACAGUGCAGACAUGGAAGUCCUGUUCCUCUGACACAUGGGAGCCAUGGAGCUGUGAAAACAUUUGCAGCCAUGGGAACUAAGUUCCUGUGACACGUGGGAGCAGAUGACCCAUGGCAUAAUCCAGACGUGAAGCACAGGACCUCUGACACACUCCAGCCGAGGGAGCACAUGGCCUGUUAUUCGCUGAAGUCCUAUGGAAGCACAGGGCCUGUGAUAUGUUGGUCCUAUAGGAGCACCAGGCCUAUGAUAUGCUGAAGCCCUAUAGGAGCACAGGGCAUCUGGCACACUUAAACAUUUACAGCAUAGACCGCGCCAUAAGCACUAGCUGUGGGAGAAUAUACUGUACAAGAUGGCAACUUGUCUUGAAGGCUAGUAUUUUUAUAAUCAGAGAUUCAAAGAGCAAUCACACUUUUCAACUUUAAAUGAGUUACUUUGACUGGUUUCAUUCAGAAUAGAAAGUAUCAAAUAUAUGAUACAUGAUAUACAUCUAUAUACAUUUCUGUAUGAUGUGAGGAAUCUUAUAUUCAUCAUAUGACAAGACAGAAGAUCUCACACAAACAAUUACCAAUUUAUUUCUAACCAUUGAAAUGUCCACUUUUAUUUUUAAGAAGAAUAUUACAAGACUUGUAAAAUAAUGUGACCAGGUAAGGGGUGCUUUGAUGCUGUACUGUUGCUGUUCUCAGCCCAUUGUUACUGGUGUUUACCUUAGACUCCUGUUAAAGGUUGUUGUUGAUUCACUGUUAUGUGUACAGUUUAAGGAUUUUAACCAUUGUUACCCUCCUGUAAAAGUUACAUGUAUCAAAAUAUUCUUUGUGAAGAAAGAGCUUCUCCAUUGGUACAUGUAUUUAGGGUAAAUAUUGAAGAGUGUGAUAAAGUACACUGGGUGAAUACAUGCACAUGUAAUAAAAUACACUUGUCAAAAGUUUUAAGUGUAAUGUAAAGUACACUUGACAGAAAGUGUAAUAAGGUAUACGUUAGUGGUUAUUUGAAGUGCAAAAGGUAAUAUCGGCAUACACUAAUCGUGUGCUAAAGUAUAAGCUAUUUUGCAGAUGUUGUUUUGUGUAUUUUGAAUCACGUUGUAUGAUGCAAUGACGUGUGUAAUGUCAUAGGAUAGGUCUUAGAGAUUUGUGUCAGAAAAUCCCUGUACUGUAGACUAUACUGGUUGUUAAAUUGGUUAAGGGGUCGUGUUGCUGGAAGAUUAGAGGAAGACGUGAUGCAACAAAUAGGUAAAACAUUUUUGAUUAAAUUUUAGAGGUUCUACUGAUUCUUUAAGAGUUUUUUUCCAUAAAGACCUACAUGUAUUUCCAGAAGCAUUAAAGCUUUGGUGUCCACUUGUGUAUAAUAUGUGCCAAUUCUGGUGUCAGUGAGAAACAGUUUAAGUUUUAGUGAACAAAAGGCUGGAAAGUCAUGGGGGUGUUUUUCAGCUUUUAUUUGUCUGUAAAAGAUUUAAUAUAUUGUGUGUUCGCGUGUGUGUGUGUGAAGUAAAAGGUCAUCAACUUUGGUGUACCUGCUUGAUAUGAUGAUAUAUGUCUUGGUGUAUGUAAAUAUUGUCCAUGUUGGUAUAAAUCCUACCUAUUGCCACAUGUUAAGAGCUUGUAAAUAUUCAGUAUUGUUAGCUUCUAUUUAUUAGCUGCUGUCUGUACUAUCACCUGCUCGGUGUGUUUUCUCUUUGGCGUUUGUGUUUGUGGUCUCAUCAGGGUCCACCGAGCUUUUGUAAGUUUGUUCAAAUAUAAACAUACUCAUAUCG